AUGGAGGUGACAGGAAAUUUCUUCAGCAAACUGCGUGCUUUAGCUGUCACUUUGGAGAAAGAGGCUGAGCAACUUGAACAAGCAUUAAAUAGAGAAGAUACACAAUAUGAAGAUGAAUCUCCAAUGAGAGUUUUACAUGACCUGCAUUGUGAAGUCAGGACUCUAAAGGGUGAUGUUAACGCUACCCUUGAUCAGAGUCGCUCUGAAAGACAAGAAACUUAUGAUUUCAUGAAGGCCAUUAAAGUACUGAUGCAAAGAAAUACAACAGAUCUUGAAAAAAUAAGAGAACUGUUCCAGAAAUAUGGUUAUCAACCACUUGUUAAAGAUAACUCAGUGGAGGACGAGGAGGAAGUUAACCAUGCAUCUAAGGUAUCUGACCAAGCUAACUCUGAUCAAGAGAAAGUGGAAGAUAUGUCUAGCUUUCCUGCAUGUAUUGGGAAAACAUCUGUGCCUAAGGAUCCCCUGCGUAACCCACAGCUUUCAGAUUUCGGUCUUUCACAGUACGCAUUCUCCAGAACUUGGGAUGCGAUGGAUGUACAAUCCCAGACAAAUAUGCAUAAAGAAGAUUCAAGAAAUAGAAUUCCAACUCCCAAACAGGCCCCAUAUAUAGUGCCCAAAACACCAAAAUGUACAUUAAAGAUGGAUGAUUAUGAGUGUUUAACUCCAAAGCUUGAACAUUUUGGCAUUAGUGAACAUACCAUGUGUUUGAAUGAAGACUAUACAAUGGCACUUAUUAAUAAAAAUGUUCAGACAAGAAAAAAUUUUCCUAAGGAAGAUGAUAAUGAAAUGUAUGUGGCAGCAGAAACAUCAUCAAAGUCCAGGGAAAUCAUGGUUACUCCUGGACCAGCAAUGAAAACACCUAGCGAAAAUGCUGCUGAUUGCCUGGCUUCUCCUUUGAUACCUGUGUUCUGCACUCCUGGUCUGAAAAUUCCUUCCAGAAAGGACAAUACCAUCUUACCCAAAUCCCCGAAGAUGAAAGAAUCAAAUAUUUCUAAUCAGACAGCAACACCCACUCUUCCAGACUUUGAAACAGGCUGGCUAAAAACAGAAAGUAAACCAUUAAAGGGGAACAAGGCUGAGUCAUUGCCAGAGAUUGAUGUGACAGUUAAACAACACAAAGAAGAUUGUGCUCCUCCUAUUUUAAGUUCUGACAUGUAUCUUGAACAUCUCGGAAGACCCUCUCUUCCAAAAAUAUCUGACUAUGAAAAUCUCCUUAAUACUCCUCCGCCUCCAGAAAUAACAAAGAUACCAGAAGACAUUCUGCAGAUAUUAUCAAAGUAUAAUCCCAAAACAGAUACACCUACAGUAAUGAAAAUGGAGACCAAAACAGGAAUUGCUACAAGAUUUGAAAGGAAUAUCCCGGAUUAUUGCAACAAAGAGAACAGAGGAUAUUCUGAAUCUAUCAAAUCAAAUGAUUGA